GGAAGUGACCCUAAACGCUGUGAGCUGCUCUGCUGCCUUUCACUCUGCUCUGCAGUUGAAGACGCAACCAUGUCUGAGGCGAGCUCCCUCCACCUGGCCCUGUACUCCCGCAGCCUCUGCUGCCAUGUCCGCUCCGCCAGCACCGGCAUCGUCCUCUACUACCUGGGCUCCUCGCUGCUGGUUCUGGCCCUCACAGCGGCUAGCCUUAUCACCGGGUGGAACUUCUGCGGUCUGGGCGCCUCUGAGCAGGUCUCUCGGGGACAGCAGAUGUUUCUAGAUGGCAUAUGGCAGCUUUCUUCUCCGCUCUCUUCAGUUGACGUCACCUCCAACAUCCUCCUGCUGGUCAUGAUGACCCUCUCCAGCAUCUCUGCCCUGGUCGGCCUGUACAAAAGGAGUCCCCAUCAUAUGGUCCCCCUGAUUGUCCUCCUCUUCCUGGACAUGGGUCUCACCGUGAUGUCCACUGUCAGUAGCAUCUGGGGGCUUCCAGGGACCCCCAGCUAUGACGAAAGUGAGAAGACCUACCUGACUACCCAGAGGGAGCUGAACCCCAGGAUCGUGGCUCGUUUCAGCCUGGCCUUCGGCAUCCUGUUUGUCCUCUACCUGCUCAUGAAGGUCUUCAUGGUGAACACGCUUCUGCGCUGCUACUUCGUCAUGAAGGCCGAAGGUCAGGAGAGAACCGUGUGCGAGAAGAGUGUCCUGGUGGACCUGCCUACCUAUGAAGAGGCCAUAAAGUUGCCAUCCAAGGACCCGCCACUGACUGUCCAGGGGCCCUGAGGGGUUUGCCUACACCCUCCCACACCUGCUGCUGCACACCUGCUGCUGCACACCUGCACCCACCCGCAGCCCCCGAGUGGUAGAGGCCCCCGCAGCUGCCGCCGCUAGCUUCCUCUGCGGCUUUCCCCCUUUGCGGAGUGCAGAUGGCGCAGACGCAGAUGCUGACUUUAGUCGGCUUUAAAAAAAUUGGGAGAUUAUACGGGCACCAUUUGGUUUUUUUUUUGUAUGUUGCUUUGUGCUCUAAUUUUUAAGUAUAAAUCUAUAAUGUAUAAUUUUUGCCAACCUUAAACUAUAGUUUGAAUUGAAGCUAAAUCAUGCAAAAAAGGAGGCAGAGAGAGAGAAAGAGGGACAGGAAGGACAGAUAUGGGGAGAGAGAGAGAGAGAGAGAGCAAGCGAGCUGCUGAGUCAAUGUGCUACCUGCAUUCUGCUGCACUUAAGGGCCUGAAUUCCCGUAAUAAACAUUAUAAAAGCA